GGGACUGACGUCAGUUGUGCGCCUGCACGUUCCGCCCGGCGGCCGGGCUCCUUCCUGGGAACUCUUGGAGUCGCUGGCAUGAAUCGCAGCCGCCAGGUGACGUGCGUGGCCUGGGUCCGCUGCGGCGUGGCCAAGGAGACGCCGGACAAGGUAGAGCUAAGUAAAGAUGAAGUAAAGCGCCUCAUUGCAGAAGCGAAGGAAAAGUUGCGAGACGAAGUUGGCAGCGACGAGGAAGAAGCGGGCGGAGAUGGCAUGCAGAGUGCCCGGACUCAGGCGCGGCCAAGGGAGCCCCCAGAGGAUGGCGGCCCCGAGGAUGACCGCACGCUGGGUGAUGAUGAGCUGGCCGAGUACGAGCUGGACAGAUACGACGAGGACGGGGACCCAGAUGCUGAGACUCUUGGCGAAUCGCUCUUGGGGCUUACGGUCUAUGGGAGCAAUGACCAAGACCCUUACGUCACUCUGAAGGAUACAGAACAGUACGAACGAGAAGAUUUCUUGAUCAAGCCUAGCGACAAUCUCAUAGUUUGUGGCCGAGCUGAACAGGAGCAGUGCAAUUUAGAGGUGCACAUUUACAACCGGGAGGAAGACUCCUUCUACGUGCACCAUGACAUCCUCUUGUCUGCGUACCCCCUGAGCGUGGAGUGGCUGAACUUCGAUCCUAGCCCCGAUGAUUCCACAGGAAAUUACAUUGCUGUGGGAAACAUGACCCCUGUCAUUGAAGUAUGGGACCUUGAUAUCGUGGACUCUUUGGAGCCAGUUUUCACGCUUGGAAGCAAGCUUUCUAAAAAGAAGAAGAAGAAGGGAAAGAAGAGCCCCCCCGUGGAAGGGCACACCGACGCCGUCCUUGACCUCUCGUGGAAUAAGCUAACCAGGAACGUGCUGGCAAGCGCAUCUGCUGACGGCACCGUUGUGCUGUGGGAUAUGUCCCUGGGGAAGCCCGCAGCCAGCCUCACCAUACACACAGACAAGGUACAGACUCUGCAGUUCCACCCCUUCGAGGCCCAGACGCUGAUCUCUGGAUCCUACGAUAAGUCCGUGGCGCUGUACGACUGCCGGAGUCCAGAAGAGACCCACCGUGUGUGGCGCUUCAGUGGGCAGAUCGAGAGGGUGACAUGGAACCCCUUUUCCCCUUGUCAUUUCCUGGCCAGCACUGAUGACGGCUUUGUGUACAAUUUGGACGCGAGGUCAGAUAAGCCGGUGUUCACACUCAACGCGCACAAUGAUGAGAUCUCCGGGCUUGAGCUGAGCAGUCAGAUCAGGGGCUGCCUGGUGACCGCGUCAGCAGACAAGUAUGUGAAGAUCUGGGACAUCCUCGGGGACAGGCCGAGUCUCGUCCACUCGCGGGACAUGAAGAUGGGUGUUCUCUUCUGUUCCUCGUGUUGCCCUGAUUUGCCACUCGUGUACGCCUUUGGGGGUCAGAAGGAAGGCCUCCGGGUCUGGGACUUCAGCACCGUCUCUUCAGUAAAUGAAGCAUUCGGGAGACGAGAGCGGCUGGUCGUGGGCAGCUCGAGAAGCUCAGCUGGUGGCGGCCCUUUGCAGGGCAGGAGCGUACAGACCCCGAUGGAGUCCUAGCGAGGCGCACGCCGCCUCAGUCUGUGUCCCUGACUGGGGCUGUGGAGGGCGGCUCCUUCUCCCUGGCUGCUGUCCCCUCUGCAGCUGGGCGCGGACACCCGGCCUUCGCACUCGCCCAUGUGGGUGCUGUUGGGUCCUGUGUUCCUUGAAAAAUGUUUUUAAACUGCUGCCUUCUUUAACAUCCUGUCACAAUAAAUCUAGGUUUUUAAAGUAGGUAA